AUGGAUCCGUGGCUGCAACUGCAACACAGCCUGGCGCGGCGUGGGGGUGGGGGCCUGCAGGCGGUCGCCUGUGUUCUAGAAGGUGAUCGGGAGAACCCGGCCAAGCCGCCGACUCCCCAGUUUAUUGCUGCAGGAGUUCACUGUAAACUUCCUUCCAUUCCAGCCAGUUUCCCAGAUCAUACUACUUUUCUCUCAAAGGAAGUUGGUCAGAUGGAACAGCAAAUAAAUAAAGAUCAAGAAUCCAGGAACCCAAAAGAAAUACCAAGUAGGGAGGAUAAAACUACCUUGGAUGCUGAUAACAAGUUCACUUUGCCAACAGCCCGGAAACCACCGACUGAACUAUCUAAGGCAGAAGGCAUUUAUUCAUAUUCCUUGUCCCCGUCUGAAGUUUCAGGAGGCAGUAUUACUGAAAAGGAUUCCCCUGAAUCACCAUUUGAAGUAAUUAUUGACAAAGCAGCAUUUGACAAAGAAUUUAAAGACGCCUAUAAGGAGAGCACAAAUGAUUUCGGUAGCUGGGCAAUGCACACUGAUAGAGAAUCAUCUGCAGACAUUUUGGAGUCUAGUGACAAAGUAUUUCCAUUGAGAAGUAAAGAGGCAGGGCGUUAUCCAACCUCUGCAUUGCUCAGUAGACAGUUUUCACACACAACUGCAGCAUUGGAAGAGGUGUCUAGGUGUGUGAAUGAUAUGCAUAACUUUACUAAUGAAAUAAUGACUUGGGAUUUGGUUCCCCAAGUUAAACAGCAGAGUGAUAAAUCUGACUACGUCACAAAAACUACAGGACUUGACAUGAGUAGCUAUGAUUCAGAAAUUCCGGUGGUAAAUCUUAAGACUCAUCAGACAAUUCCUGUAUGUUCUGUUAAUGGAAGCACUCCCAUCACUAAGUCAACAGGUGAUUGGACAGAUACUUCUCUCACACAAGAAAAUGCCAUUAAAAAAUCUAUCGCAGACUAUCCAAAUUGCACAAAGGAAGUCAUUACCAAAGGCAUGCAAGACAGGGCUCAGAAACAAGAUGACCCACUUUCAGAGUUACCUGGGUCUCCACUUGAGAAAUGUGUGUCGUUGGGUACUGGAGUGGCUGCGGUCAAGGUGGUUUUACCUGAUGACCACCUGAAAGGUGAAUUGCACUGGCAGAGCUCCAUGUUGGGAGAUGUGACAGAGGUGGAUAGCUCUGGCGAAUCUGAUGACACGGUAAUAGAAGACAUCGUAGCAGACACAUCAUUUGAAGGUCACAAAAUUCAGACUGAAAAACCUGUUGCUGUUCCAAAUGCUGUUGUAAAAACAGAUGAAAGGGAAAUCAAAGAAAUUCUCAGUUGUAAUAAGGAAAACAAAACAUUAGAAAACUUUGAAGGGUCAGUCAGUAACUCUGAACUACGACAAAUUCAGUCUGAUAUUCUUGGAAGAAGUCCUGUUGGUGAGGUAGCACCUUCCCAGGUACCUGAUAUGAAUGCCAUGUCAGGAGCUGUGAAACAGCCGGGUAGUGUGAGUGGAGCUGCUCCUGCAAAUCCUGUCGCAACUGAUGACCCAAAACUUUGUUCAGCAGCAUCUCCAAAUGAUUUUAAUGAGACAAAAUUCUCCCUAAAUGUGACAACCUCUGCCUAUUUAAAGUCAUUACAUGAAAAAAGUGUUAAAGAUAUAGAUGAUUCUUCCCCAGAGGACCUGAUAGCAGCCUUUACAGAAACCAGAAAUAAAGUGACAAAAGAUAAAGGUGAAGAAAAUGCCUUUGAAGCAACAUCAGACAAGACUGUGAACUUUAAGACCAUUCUUCCUGUAAAAGUCUUAUGUGAAAGUGAGCAAGGUGGUUCUGAAAUGAAAAACAUAAAAAGCAAAUACACUGAACACAGCAAAGAAAGAAGUGGAAAGGAGCUUCUGGAUAUUUUUCCUACUCAGGGUUCUCCAGUGGCAUCUCUUGACUUAGAGCAAGAACAGCUCACAAUCAAAGCCCUUAAAGAACUCAGUGAAAGGCAGGUUGAGAAGUCAACUUCUGCACAGGAUGUAGAAUCUCCUUCUGAAGAUAUACUCAAGUCAACUUUCACCUUUGCUCCAGAAUCCUCUUGGCCACAGAGAUUGAAUGAUGUCCUAGAACACACGGAUGUAAAGACUGGAUCUGAUGUUGGGAUUUCCAAAAAGCCCACUAUUGUAAAAGAACCUUCUAAGGUAGAUUCUUUUUCCAGCCUUAGCAGGAGUGAACUGGUAAACAAGCAUGUCCUUGCAAGACUUCUGACAGACUUCUCAGGUAACCAUUUACAUUAGAAGUACUGCAUGUGGUUAAUUCUGCUGUGAUUGAUUAUAUAUCUGAGUUUUAUUUUUCUUAGUCACUGAUUUAUAGCAAUAAAAUUAUAACUGGAAUAAAAAACACUGUAUAAUGGGGAAAGGUAGGUUUUUUUAAAUGGUUGCUUAGUUGGUUUUCUUAUAGCAGUAUUUCCAAAACACUAGACCUUUGGUUAAAAUCAAUAUUCUCCCCAGAAAAUGUUUAUGCUCCCAUUAUAUUUCAAGGUUCUCCUAGAUUGAUUGCUGCUUUUAAGAACAUCAUCAGGCUUUCAUUUACAAAGCUUAUUUUUAAAUCUCUAUAAAACAAACACUGCUUAGUCCUUGGAUUUUUGGAUAUGGGCCUUAUAAAAAUCUAUUUAGCAAUCAAGGAUAAAGGAAUUCCUGCUGGAACAGACAGUAAAUGAAACUUUUAAUUAAAUGAUCUUAUCCCACAGAGAUUUUGUGCUCUGAAAGCAGGUAACCUAUACUGUAGUACAAUUUUGUGAGUAAUACUUUGGAGAAUUCAUGCCUUCUACUUCGGACCGCUCAGUAUUCUUCAGGCUAAAAUUCAUUACUAGGUAGUACUAGAGGCUCAUCCCCUGGAUUUAUUUUCAUAAUUACUUUCCUAACUAUUGACCUUCAAUUAAAUUACUUCAAAUGCUAUCUAUUCUGGGGUCUUAGAAAAUGUAAGAAAAAAAGGAUAUUUAAAGCUCUUCCAGAGGGAUCCCCAACCUCUAAUACCAAAAUCUGCACUUACUACAUGGGAGAUGUUAGAGGCUAUGUAGGGAUCUAGGAUUUUCCAAAUUUUGUUUCACAAAAGAUCUCUUUUUCAAAUGAAAUCAUGCAUGGCGUUAAACUAUUUUAAAUGAUUAUUUUAUUCAGAUAAAUUUAUAAGUGGGAAUGUACCAUUUACUUUUUUCCGUCAAGUUCUUACUAUGCACAGAUUGUAGAGGGGGGCUUAGUUCUUAACAUCAUCUUCCUCUCUCCCUCUCUCCUUGGGGAAGCCAGACCUUUGCUCAGCUGCUCUCGGCUUGCUUUUCAUAAGGUGCUAAGCCACAGCCUCUGGGAUCUUGUCCUACACACACUUGGUGGGCUUGCUGGGGUGCCCACAGCUGCAGCUGCGCCUCAGCUUGCUCACAUACUUGGCCCCUAGUUGAGGCUCUUGGCCAUGUGGUAGCACAUG